ACUUAUCGUCGUGCCACCCCUUCAACCUGCGUUGCUGACUGCACACAUAUCCACAGUAUUGACGCGGCCAUUCGUGGUUAGAAACUACAGUGACUGCAGACGCAACAUUUUCAAAACGUCUGCGUUGACCAGUGUACGAGUGCAGAAAUACUACUCUGUUUCGACAGACAACUACGCCGCACGCAGGGUUGCAGAUGUGAGGGAAUAUACCUGCAGAUAUAGCUGCCACACUGAUGACAGAGCAAGAGGGAAGUCAGUUAGCCAGCUAACCGCCACAGCUAACCUCGACUACCAGGCAGGUAAAUGUGCGGCGAUCCGGACGCCUCGACAACAACGUGCGACUCGAGUAUCUGAACGGAGCCCAGAGACGAUUUCGCACACGGCACAGCUAUGAGGAGAGUGACGGUGAGGUGUGUUUGGCGGAUCGUAUUUGCGGCGUUGUGGCUUCUGGUGGAAGAGUGUCGGACUGAAAGCGCGGCCCCGAGUCUGGCUGAACGAGUCAUCUGGGCUGUAAACGCCGGCGGGGACGCGCACACAGACGUGCACGGCAUUCAUUUUAAAAAAGAUCCACUGGAAGGAAAAUUGGGGAAAGCAUCCGACUACGGGGUUCGUUUGCCCAUCCUGCGUUCCAGCCCGGAGGAUCAGAUUCUCUACCAGACAGAACGCUACAACGAAGAUACGUUCGGUUACGAAGUACCCAUCAGAGAAGAGGGAGACUACAUUCUCGUCCUGAAAUUUUCAGAGGUUUACUUUGCUCAGUCCCAGCAGAAGGUGUUUGACGUGCGUGUGAAUGGCCACGUUGUGGUGAAGGAUCUGGAUAUCUUCGACCGUGUGGGGCACAGCACAGCUCAUGAUGAAAUAGUGCCAUUGUCCGUAAAAAGAGGAAAGCUAAGUGUGCAUGGAGAGGUUUCCACUUUUAAUGGAAAACUCGCUGUGGAGUUUGUAAAGGGUUACUAUGACAACCCCAAGAUAUGUGCCCUAUAUGUGAUGAAGGGCAAGCUUGAAGGUAAGAGGGAGCCUGAGGAUUUCUUGGGUUGCACUUUCAGACGUGCCGAAACUGCAGCCACAUCCCGGUCUGGAAAAGCGAGAGGACGAAGAGGAAGAAGAGGAGGAGGGGGAAGGAGGAGAAGGAGAAAAGAAGACCACCUCAACCUCUUCCAAGAAUCCCGUUCGGUCCGGGCCCCGAACCCCCAACCCGUACGCCACCGACAACAGCAGCCUAAUGUUUCCUAUACUGGUGGCAUUCGGGGUCUUCAUACCCACCCUCUUCUGCCUCUGCCGCCUGUGAGGGGGAAACAAGUGAACGAGAGGGAGAGAGGAGAAAGGGCGGACAUCAGGCUGUGGAGGGGGGGGAAGGGACGCACAGCCAUGGGACAGGCAGUAACACAGACUGACGUUACAACAGGCAGAAAAGCAAAAGGCGAGUUAGGGACAUACAGAAACGCAGGAGUUUGAGAUAUUGCUGGCCGUUCAAAUGGUGAUCCCGAUAUAUACGGAUUUAGGAAGCAAGUUCAUUUUUGCGUGUGUUUGUGCUUGUUUGUACACAUUUAAUACCAGUUUUAGUUUGGGGAGAUCCAAGAUGUACAGAUUAAAUGUAGACACAAACAUACACACACACACACACAUACGCAAGGCAAGGCUUCACAACCUGGUUUGUCUGGUCUAGCAGGAGAUGACUAGGAACAGUUGGCGAUACUCUUAGAACACUCAUCCCAUGUUUUUUCUUUUUAAGUUGAGGUAAAGAGCAUGUUGUUAUCAGCAAUGAUGUUGAUUUGCUGUUAUUUGGCCUUUGUUGGGAGGCAGAAAUGUUACAAGAAUCUUUGGAACCCCUUAUUGACACUGCUAGUUAAUGCAUCUAAAACUCAGUGGCAAGCAAGUGAUGAGGUGUGUGUGCGUGCGUGCGUGUGUUGAAGCACCUUGCUUGCCACUGUUUCACUUUUUUAUUUUAUCACGCACAUGCAAGCUUCUAUCAUGCACCUACUUUUAUAGUUUUUCUGAUUUAUAAAAGCAUGUAGAUUAAACGGUUGUCUGGUCACCUCCUGCCCCAUUUUCAGUCACAUAUUUAAUAUUUUUCCCAUAUACAAGAACAGUUCGGCCCUUGAAAAACUUUGUUUUCUAUAUUAAACGAUACACGCAGUUUUCUGUUGGAAAUGACCUGAAAACAUUAUGCACUCACCUUUGGGUCCCUUAGACUUUUGGAUUCUAUUGGUCUGAAGUGCUAUUUAAAAUGUAAAAUGCCCUUAGUUUCUCCUCAUUUGGUACAUGAUGCAACUGGAAUAGCAUUUUAUUGGUUAAUAUGAUUAAUUCCGUCUUAACUUUGCUUGGCUUGGCCACCUGUUACAUGGUGUACAGAGGGAAUGUUGCUUAGUUAGGAAACAUGUUGCCUUUUUGGCACAUUUUGCCAUAUUACCAUGUUAUCGUAUUCCCACCAUUAUUGGUUUUCUUUUUCAACACCACCAAAGAUACUCUUUGUUGACGUGUGUUACGCCGAAUAGCACCAGCAUGUGCGCGGUGGAUGAUUGACAGGUCUCAUGAUGCUAUGAUUGAUUGAGAAAUAUCAGACAUGCGUUUGGAGUUCAGCAGAUACAUGCCUGCCAUACACUGUGAAGUAUGGAUGUCGUUGUGACUUUUGUAUUCAAGGUUUCUUAAUUUUUCUUUAUUUCAAGGCUGUCAUUUAGCUUGGACAUAUUUGUGAUUUAUGAAAUGCUUAUGUUGAUUGGCAGCUUAAAGUGGACUUUCACCAAAUCCGGAAACAUUUGCAUUCCACCUAAUCAAUCUUUGUUUUUUUGAUACUUGUAAAGUGAUACUUUGUGCAAAAAUGAAAAUUCUGUCAUCAUUUACUCACCUUCGAGUUGUUCCAAAUCUGUAUAAAUUUCUUUGUUCUGAUGAACACAGAGAAAGAUUUUUGGAAGAAUGCUUAAAUAACCAGACAGAUUUUGCCCCAUAGGAAAAAAUACAAUGGUAGUCAAAAGUGCCCCAGAACUGUUUGCUGUCCUACAUUUUUCGAAAUGUCUUAUUUUGUGUUCAACAGAACAAAAAAAAUGUAUAAAGUCAUUUUUCCUACUAUGGGAGUCAAUGGAGGGCAAGAUCUAUUUGGUUAUAAGCAUUCUUCCAAAUAUCUUUCUCUGUGUUCAUCAGAACCAAGACAUUUAUACAGAUUUGGAACAACUCAAAUGUGAGUAAAUGAUGACAGAAUUUUCAUUUUUGGGUGAAGUAUCACUUUAAGUGUUACGGUUUGCUGUUUGUAUUUAGCCGGUUAAACACCGCUACUUUUCUCCCAAUUGCUGCCUAAAUUGCUUCUUUCAGCUAAGCAAGCCUGCCUUAAAAUGUGAUCAGUUGUGAUAUCAAGACACCACCUUUCACACUGCUGAAACCAUCAGACCACAUUAAAGUACACACGCCAUUGUGCUGUCUUUUUUUGCCCCUUAUGUGUGUGCGCAGUAUAUCCGUUUUCUCUUGCGUGGACUGAAACACUUAUUUUGGCCUUCUCAAUAAACAUGUUUUUGAAGAGUGGGAUGGGAGGGCAGUGUUUUGCAUUUUUGUUGCUUUCUUUGUUUAAAAAAACAAUCACAAAGACAGCAUUGAUGCACCUUUCUCAUUAGCUAAAGGAUUGCAGAAAGACAAUUGAUUAUUGUCGCCAAAGUUGUAAACGUUUUUUAUUUCUUUUGAAUUUGUACACGACGCAUGUGUAUAUAAGGUACUUGAUCACGUUAGUUGUGCCAUACGGUUAUAUUUCUGUUUUGAAUAAUGUUGUUCAUUUUUUACAUAAUUUCUAUUAAUAUCGGGAUGGCUGGGUUUUUUAUUGUUUGCUGGAGUGUGAAAGAGUGGCCUUGAAAAUUUUGGUUGCAGAUGUGGUUUAGGUAAUGUUUGAUUUGCAGCCACAUAGACACACUGACUGAUUGUCGGAAAGAGAGUGAAUCAUAUAGUUAUGGGUUUGUUUCUUUAUAUGUUGCAUAAUUUAAGUAAAAGGAUAUGGGGGUUAAAUAUUAAAAUUAUUGAUCAAACGUUUUUUUUUCGGAACUAGUUGCUUUUUAUUUUCUCAGGAUGUUUGGGUUUUCUAAUGACGACUGUUUUAUUAGUGUGAAUUAUUGCACUGCAUGUUGUUGUUUCAAAUGCAUUUUUGUUUGUUUGUUUUCUGUCAUUCAUUGUGUACCUUUGAUCCUUGUUGCCUUAAAUUCGAAUACAUCCUCAUGUGCUAUACCA